AUGCCUGGACUACCCUCCACUCAGACUGCCAUUGUAGCCCUUGACGAUGGCACUCUCGGUCUACGCGAUAAUGUCCAGAUUCCCGCCUUGGAGGAAGACAUGAUCCUGGUGAAGAAUGCGUUUGUUGCGCUGAACCCGAUUGACACCAAAAUGGUCGGCAAGCUGGCAUACCCUGGCGCAAUCGGCGGCAUGGACUUUGCGGGCGAAGUUAUAUGCAUUGGGUCCAAAGUUCGAACUGCCGUACCCAUCAAGCCUGGCGACCGAAUUUGCGGAGCAGUGCCAGGAAUGCAUUCUCUCACUCCUACGGUUGGCGCGUUUGCGCAGAUUGUCGGCGCAACAGAUCUUACCACGAUCAAGGUCCCAGACCACAUGUCACUUGAACAAGCGGCAACGCUGGGAAGUGGAAUUGGUACCAUUGGUCUCGCACUUUUCAAAUCGCUGGAUGUUCCUGGAUCUCCCAAGUCGCCGGCCAGCAAGCCAGUAGAGGUGCUAGUAUACGGUGGCAGCACUGCCACCGGUACUCUCGCCAUUCAGUUGCUCAAACUGUCAGGACUGAGCCCUAUAGCGACUUGUUCACUAAGCAACUUUGAACUCGUGAAAUCAUACGGGGCCACUGCAGUAUUCGACUACCACGAGGAGACAUGUGCGGAUGAUAUUCGCAAACACACGCGUAAUUCCCUCAAGUUUGUUCUUGACUGCAUUUCGGAGCCAGAAACAAUGCAAUUGUGCUACAAAUGUAUCGGCAGGUCUGGAGGCAAAUACACCGCACUGGAACCCUUCCCUGAGUUCCUCCAUACCCGACCGAAGACGGUUGUUCCAGCCUGGGUUUUGGGUCCAACACUCCUUGGCAAAAGGCUGGGCUGGCCAGAGCCAUUUGGUGGAGAAGGAAACGAAGAGUAUAGGAAGUUUGGUUUCGAGUGGUUUGCACUGGCGCAAGAGCUACUGGAUGAUGGUAAGCUGAAGACACAUCCCCACAAAGUAGUAGGUGAGAGUCUUAGCGAAACAUUAGUUGGUCUUAAGCUUCUUAAGGACAAGAAGGUAUCUGGCCAGAAGCUCGUCUGCCGCGUCUAA